GUAAAAUGUUAUGUCUGCCUACCAAUUGUUGUUUUGAUUUUUAAAAUCUACAGCAAGCAUACCUGAUCACCCUCUCAUCAUGUCUACUGAAGCUGAAACUACAACUACCAACAGCCAGCCUGAGCAGCAGACUCCACCAAAAGCACAACCCUCGAAGAAAGAAAAAAAGAAAGGGUCAGAAAAGACAGAUGAAUCUCUCUUGGCUAGAUUCAAAGGUGAUGGUAUAAGAUACAAAGCUAAACUGAUUGGCAUUGAUGAUGUCCCAGAGGCAAGAGGAGACAAAAUGAGUCAGGAUUCAAUGAUGAAGCUGAAGGGAAUGGCAGCGGCGGCCCGUUCCCACGGUCAACACAAACAGAAGAUCUCGGUGAACAUCUCCCUCUCUGGUAUCAAAAUAAUAGAUGAGAAAACGGGGGUCAUAGAGCAUGAGCAUCCAGUAAACAAAAUCUCCUUUAUUGCUCGGGAUGUAACAGACAAUCGUGCCUUUGGCUAUAUAUGUGGAGGAGAAGGCCAACACCAAUUUUUUGCUAUAAAAACAGCUCAACAGGCUGAGCCUCUAGUUGUUGAUCUUAAGGACCUCUUCCAACUGAUAUAUAAUAUGAAGAAGAAACAAGAAGAGGACAAGAAAAAGAGUGGUAGUGAAGCACCACCUGCUGAUCAAGCUGACAAAAUGAAACUGGGAGUUGACCAGAUGGACUUAUUUGGGGAUAUGUCAACACCUCCUGAUAUGAGCAGUCCCACAGAAGCUAAAGAGGUUCUGUUAGUGGAUCUAAAUUCUGAAAUUGAAACCAAACAGACUUUUACAAAAGAGGAUCUCUUCUUGAAUGGCAUCACAACCUCUCUUCCACCACCAAAGCCACAGCCACCCUUCUUGCCUGAGAGUUCUUUCUCUACCAAUCUCAGCUUUUUUCCUACACCUAAUCCAGACCCUUUCAGUGAUGAUCCUUUUGCACGGCCAGACCAAUCUGCACCACCUUCAUUUGAUUCUCUAAAAUCUGAUCAGAAGAAGGAAAGUUUGAACACCUUGACACCAGUGUGUAAUGGUCCUUCAGAUGGUGAUAUUGACUACUUUGGUAAAGAGUUUGACCAGAUCUCUAAUAGAACUAGCAAACAAGAAGCCCUAACAUACCAGUGGCCACUUGAGAGUAAGUCACCUGCAGUGAAAACUCCAAAUGGGGUACCAGAGACCAAACAGAAUGGUGCCCUUAAAGCCCUGACAAACCUGUUUGUGGAAGGUUCUUCCAAAGGAUUAUCUCUGCAGAAUGGAAUAAAGCUGGAUUCUGAAAGCAAUAUGCAUUUCAUGUCACAUGAGCCCAUAACAAUUAGCCCACCACCACAAAGCACCAAGCCAGGAAGAGGAAGGAGGUCUGUCAAGAAUGCAUCAGAUGACUUAUUUAGCUCAAACUUCUUUGUGCCAACUACAGAGAGCCUUAGCUUGACCUCAGUGGCACAAACAGGACCUGUGCCAACUAAUCCCCUGGACCUUUUCAAAACAAAUCCUACCACAGCACUUCCAGUGGCUGGUCUAGGUGGCAUGGCAGUAACUUCACCAUGGAGUGCACAGACAACUGCCUUCACCCAGGCUGGCUCAGUCUUUUCUGGGUCUGUGAUGCCUGCUCAGUCUACAGGAUUUACUCAGCCAUUUACCUUUGGCACUCAAGCAGUGCCAAGCUGGAGCCAGCCUGCAUCUUUUGGUCCAGCAGCCUCUCAGCCCUCUGGCCUCUGGGCACAGCCAGCACAAAUACAAUCUAAUCCAUGGGCGAAGCCAUCUAGUGCUGUAAAUCCCUUCCAGAGUAGCGUGUUCCCAUCUUCAACACUACCUGCUCAGACCCCAUCUGUACUGCCAACAACAACCACCAGCCCACCUCAGCCACCACCUAGAACUGUGCCUCAGAAGGAGCUUACCAAGAAAGAAAGUGAUGCUUUUAUUGCUCUGGAUCCACUUGGUGAUAAAGAGAUGAAGGAUGUCAAGGAAAUGUUCAAAGACUUCCAGCUGACAAAGCCACCUGCAGUACCAGCAAGGAGAGGAGAGCAGCAAAACCUUUCAGAACCACCAAAGCCUGUUCCCCAACAAAGUGUGCUGCCUGCUGAUGUCCUAUUUGAAAGUCAAGCUAAAACAGACCUUUUCAGUACCUCAUCUAGAGAAUCUGAGAAACCACCUCCUGAUUCUUUUGAUGAUUCUUUUGGCAACCCAUUUGCAUAG